AUGGCUGCAGGUGAAGUCUCCAGCAGGCACCUCCCACUGGCUGAACCCCACUGCAAGCCAGACGGCAAGGGAGUCGGGGAAAGCUUUCCAUCAAUAACUCGAUCUUAUUACCGCAACUCAGUUGGUGGAUUUUUAGUAUUUGACAUUACUAACCGACGAUCUUUUGAACAUGUGAAAGAUUGGCUGGAAGAAGCAAAAAUGCAUGUACAGCCAUUUCGGAUUGUAUUUUUGCUAGUGGGACACAAAUGCGACUUAGCUUCAAUACGUCAAGUUACAAGGGAAGAAGCUGAAAAGCUGUCAGCGGACUGUGGUAUGAAGUAUAUAGAAACCUCCGCAAAAGAUGCUACCAAUGUUGAGGAAUCCUUCACUAUCUUGACAAGAGACAUCUAUGACCUUAUCAAAAGGGGAGAGAUUUGUAUUCAGGAUGGCUGGGAAGGGGUGAAAAGUGGUUUUGUUCCAAAUACUGUGCAUUCUUCUGAGGAAGCAGUGAAGCCCAGAAAAGAGUGCUUCUGCUGACUUCAGACAUGCCAAAGAACCGUCAAGAACAGGUGGACGUCAUUCUAGGAUAGAGACCACCAUCAGUACUGUUUUGUAAGGUGUUUGAUCCAGAGCACUAUGCUAACAUGUUACACUACAAGACUCGGCGUUUUGCUAAAAUAUCAGGCAAAGCAGACAACUUUUUCUUGAAACUAUCAACUUACCCCCUUUCCUGCUUUGUUAGCUUAUAGCUGAACUAAUGUCCAAAUAUGUCAAUAUUAUUCAUUUUUCUUGACAGUUUGAAAUGGGGUUUUUGUGCAUAUAUAGUCUGAUUGAAAAGAUUUUAUCAGGAAUUAUGUUCUCUUGUUCACUUACUAAUAUUGAAUAGUAAAGUGAUUUAAAAGUGCACUGUUCACUUACAAAUUAAACAAUUUCAGAGUUAUCAACUAGACUAAAAUAGCAGUUCCUUGUUUAAGGUACAGUACCAGGUUUUUUUAAAUAUUUAAAAUAUUUAUCUUCCCUUAAUUUUGCCUAAACAUAAAAAAAAUAAGUUUUAUACUCAUGUUUCUUCUUUGAUUUAUUGCUCCUGAAAAGUUUGUUUUAUGAAGCUAUCUAAGGAUCCACGAAAAAUAUUGUAUUGCAAAUAUUUAUAAUGAUAAAAACAAAGGACCACUUAUCAGCGAAUGUUUUGAUGUUAUAGCAUACUGUUUUAGACAAUAAAAAGAAAUGUAUUUCUAUACUGACAUUUUCAAAAAAGUAAAUGCAAUUUACCUUGAACUAUUGUCAAAAUUACCAUAUUUUCCCAUGUAUAAGACGCCCCCAUUAUAAGAUGCCCUCCACUUUUCCAACCCCAGAUUAAGAAAUCAAUAUUUUAAACAUUUUGCUGGUUUUCCUCGUAAGGCCUUCUUUUUUGGCAUCU